CGUAUUGCAAUUUUUGAGUGAGCUGCAGCCCUGCCGUGGGGUUCUCUUUUCUUCAUCUAGAGCAAUUACUGUUAUUAAUUAAUUGCCUUCCAAAAUCCAGUGAAGCCAACUAGCCGUUUGACAUCGGAAAUGGGGGCAGAAGAAGCGAACGGCGGCCAAGCGGACCGCAGCACCGGCGUGGUGCAUCUGCAACUGCCCCUCAACGACCCAGGCUUCAACCUGGAGACCGCCGUGUGCAGCCACGGUCUCUUCAUGAUGGCCCCCAACCGCUGGGACCCGGCCUCCAAAUCCCUCCACCGCCCCCUCCGCCUCCCCACCUCCUCCUCCUCCCUUCCCGUCCGCAUCUCCCACCCCUCCCCCUCCCACCCCCUUCUCCUCGUAUCCGUCUUCGGCGCCUCCUCCCUCUCCUCCCAAGACCAGCAUGCUAUCCUUGCACAGGUGCGCCGGAUGCUUCGGAUAUCCGAUGAGAAUGACCGGGUGAUAAGGGAGUUCCAUAAGCUUCAUGCCGGCGCGAAGGAGAGGGGUUUCGGACGAGUUUUCCGGUCUCCAACCCUGUUUGAGGAUAUGGUCAAGUGCAUCCUCCUCUGCAACUGCCAAUGGCCUAGAACUCUGUCAAUGGCUAGAUCGCUCUGUGAGCUUCAACUGGAACUGAAGCUUCGCACUUCUCAUGAAGAUUUUCAUCCAAAGACACCUGAAGCAAAAGAACUAAAAAGAAGAAAAGGAAAGAAAAAGAAAAUAAUGGUGAAACUAGAAACCAAGUUGAUAGAGGAUAAAGCUGAAUCAGCGGAAGGUGGCAACUCAGAGAUAAACCAUGACAACCAGCCGAACAAUUCGCAAGGGAAGGAAACACCUUCAAGCACACCCUUGUGUAUGGAAGAAAUAAGCAAUUUAUGUAUGGAAGAGACAAGCAACAAACUCUCUACUGUUUCCACUCCCCUUCAUGACUUGUCAGGAGAUACGUCUUGUCCAUCCAAACAAAUUGGUGAUUUUCCUAGUCCAGAAGAUUUGGCAAUGCUUGACGUGGAUUACCUGGCCAUGCGUUGUAAACUUGGAUAUCGAGCACAGCGCAUAGUGUCACUUGCUCAAAAUAUUGUGGAAUGCAAGCUACAGUUGAGAAAGCUUGAAGAAGCUUGUGGUGGAUUCACAUUAUCCAGCUAUGCUGAAGUGGAUAAGGAGUUAUCUGGCAUCUGUGGUUUUGGUCCUUUUACAUGUGCCAAUGUCCUCAUGUGCAUGGGAUUUUACCACAAAAUUCCAGCCGAUACAGAAACCAUCAGGCAUUUGAAAAAGUUUCAUGCAAUAAAUAGUACCAUUCAUUCUGUCAAGAGGGAUGUAGAAUCCAUCUACAGGAAGUAUGCGCCAUUCCAAUUCCUGGCUUAUUGGUUUGAGCUGUGGGAUGAUUAUGAGAAUAUAUUUGGGAAGACGAGUGAAAUGCUCCCAUCUGAUUAUGGACUAAUUACUUCAACCAAUUUGAAGAGCAAGCUAUCUAAGAAAAGAAAGUCGAAUAGUUGAGUAGGAAUCAGAUGAUCUAAAUGGUACUACACUGGUGUUGCGGUACUUCCUCAAGGAACUUUUGAGCCCAUGAUGAGCGAUGCAUUUAUUAUGCUGAUUUAUUGAUGCCCUUAUGAAUUGUGGAGUCAAAUUUGAAAUAUCUGCUUAAAGCUUACAUAGAUGAUUGACAGUUGGAACUAAUGGUAAUUGCUAGUGAUUCAGGAAUUAUGGAUCAAGUAAAUGACAUCCGUUAUAAUUAUUUGUGUCAUCAAUAGGAAAUUGCCCCUCUAGAAUCUUGGUUUGGAAAACAUAAUGGAUCCUCUGACUUCAUGGACAAGGCAAAGAAAGCUGAGACAUUAAUGUCAGCAGGAUCACUUUAAUAGUUUGUAGGUUAUGGUUAAGUUUUGGGUGAUGACAUCCUGUAAUUCCAAAUUGACAUCUUAACCGACUGAUUGAAAAGAGAUUGGAGUUUUUAGAUAAUAAUGCCUCACUUUUGGAUUGUUGGUCUGAACUAGAAGGUGAGACCCAAUCCAUGGUGGGUGAGGAAUCUUCUUCGGUAUGUGUCAGAAUUUGGCAGGCAGCGCAUCAAAGGACAGGGUUGAAACUUAGCCCAGCUUGAUAGAGUCUGGGUCCAAUCAAGCUUAACUUGAAAAUAAUGUUCAGCAUAGAACUAAGGAUUAAGCUCGACUUGUUUUCUAUUUGAUAGAGCUUCAUUUCAUCUAAUUUUUUAUGGAUUGAAAGUUAUGUUGGUAAAAAUAUUUUUUGAAGAGAUAACUUGUGAUUUGACCGAUCUGUUUUGCGGUCAAAUAAUGAAAUUUGGCUUGAGCAUUUGGAGUGCCACACUUUGUAAGGGAUGGCACCACAUCGUAGAGCUCAGAAAGUUACUCGUUUUG